AUGGAUGUGACUUGGAGAAGGAACGCGACGGUGGACCCCGCCUUGUGGUUCGAGACGAUCUGGUUCUUCCCGUGGGAGACGCAUUUCAGCUACGAGUGGUCGGUGGAAUGGUCGAAGAAGGCAUGGCCGUACGUGCAGGUGUUGGCGGCUGUCUACGUCCUGCUCACCUUCGUGGGGAGGAGGGCGAUGAAGAACAGGCAGGGAUUCAACCUUCGGUAUCCGUUGAUCGCGUGGAAUGGGUUCCUGGCGUUGUUCUCCAUCGUCGGGUGCUGCAGGGCCGGGCACGAGCUGUUCAAUGUCCUCCACGUCAAGGGGUUUCAUUACUCCGUCUGCGACAAUUCGGGGUACGGGAACGAGGCGGUGUCCGUCUACGGGUGGCUCUUCCUCGUGUCCAAGAUCUUCGAACUGGGCGACACGGCCUUCCUCGUCCUUCGCAAGUCCCACCUCGUCCAUCUGCACUGGUAUCAUCACACCACGGUUCUCAUGUACGUGUUCUACUCGUAUCGGGACAGCACGUCGACGGCGAGGUGGUUCGCUGACAUGAACUACCUGGUCCAUGCCUUCAUGUACACGUACUUCACCUUCAUCGCGAUCGGGUACAGGGGACUUCGCCGGAUCGCACUCGGCAUCACCGUCCUUCAGAUCCUCCAGAUGUUCAUGGGGAUCUUCGUGAAUCUCUACGCCUUCUAUGUUGUGAUGGCCAAGGGGGCGUCCUGCGACGUGCCGAUCCAUAAUCUCGUCUGGGCUAAUAUCAUGUAUGCGUCCUAUUUCUGCCUCUUCAUCCAGUUCUUCGUCUCCUCCUACAUCAAGAAGACUCACAAGAAGCCGAGACUGGUCCCUGCGAAGGGCAUCCAAGAUGAGAAAUUCCCUGCUUGCCCGACCAUCACCGAGGAGACGAUGGAGGGGAAGAGGAAGCUUGCUUAAUCAUCCAUUACAUUUGUUAUCCCCAAUUCGUCCUUCAGCGUGCACAUUGGCCUGACCUUCCUGCGUCCCGGUGAUUAAAUUAAUCACCGACUUUCAGCAUUCAUUUGCAAUAUGAGUUCUCAUCCAUUGCCACGAAAAUGAGAACUAAUUAGAAAUGGCCACAAUGGGAAAAUAUGAUCACCGAGCGCACAAAAAUAACCAAAGGAGAAAUAUUCAGCAAAGACCUUCGACUCCUGAAAUGUGCACAUCGAGAACAAAAAAAAAAAAUUCAGGGAAUCUCAAGUACGGUAAAUAUGCAGUCAGCACGUAGUAUACCUUUCAGUUCAUGAGGAACCGAGCCAUCGAAUCUACCUGAGAUCUCCAUCCUGGUAUCGAAAGACUACGAGAACCUCUGUGGAAUGUGCAAUCCAAAAGGGCUGAGCAGGACUCAAGUUCUCUAGGAAUUGUUUCUCGUUUAUCCAAACGCUCCAUUGCAUUUUCAGGGGACGAUGAUUUGCUUUCGGGUUGACAUUGAGGAAUAUCAUGAGUCAUGAUUGGCCUGCUUAUGUGACUCAAGUACCUCAAUUGUAUAUGAAAAGGGUAACUUGGAGAGCAAUAGUAAUGUGAGAUGGCAAGAAGUUGUUUUCCAUUGGUAUAAAGACACAUGGAAAAUAAAAAGGGCAUAAGAUAGCUCCGGGAACAUUACGGUGGGGAAAAAUUUGUGGCUUACUUGAUGUCUUUCUAGUACACAAAAAAGGGAAAUAUUCCAUAUAAUAAAAAAAAAGGUGAUUGAAAAGAAAAAAUAUGGGGAAAAAAGUUUUACCUGGGAAGUUGUUACCGGUAUGUGCAUCACUAG